GUUCUAUUAACACAGCAAAAAUACCUAAAACAUCCAAAACUUUAGCAAUUCGACUCGGUCAGAAAAGUCAGUAGAACAGAUCAAAUUUGAAUCAUUUUUUUAUUCCAAAAAUAAAAUAAUUUUCAAAAUGUCAAAGUUGAAACGAAAGUCAGUUUCAUUUAAAUCAAAAGAAUGAAUAACUUGAACAUCGGGUGGUGGAAUACCACAAAACUGCAUAUAUUCAAAUUAAAUAAUUUGCAAGAAAAUGAUAUGGUUAUUUCAGCAAAAUUGAAAAUAAAAGAUUUGGUAAAAAUGGCUGAUCUUGAAGAACUAGAAUUGAUUUACUGUGGGACGAUAAUGGAAAAUACGGAAAAAAUUUCCAAUUAUGUGAAAGAAAAGGACGCAUUGGUUUUCAUGAUUAUAAAAAAAAAUGAUAACAUCGUCGAGAAAACAGAAACCACCAAAGAUUUGCAGAAAAUGUUUAAUGAAUACAAUGAAGCUUUCUCGAAGUUUGGAUUUAAAGAAAUGCUAUUGAGUUACAUCAAACCGGAAAUUAUCACCGAGUUGGUAAAUGCCAUUCCAGAACUUUCAGAAGACUUAGUUGCGUUGUCCAUAAUAAAGGAUAUCAGUGUUUUCGAAACUACACUCAAACCUAGUGUAAUGAAGAUUCAACUAACAAAACAUCCUACGUUACUAAUGUCGGUGUAUUAUUUGAUGCACAACGUGAUGAAAGAUAUUCACGGGAGAUUGCUUUCUUCUAUUCAUCUCACAGAUGAAGACUAUUCCGAAUCAGAUGACAUAGAAAUAGAUUAUAAUCAACCAAACGUUUCUGGGUUUGAAUCAAAUAAUAUUUCAGAAUUAGCUUUUCUUAUUCAUAAUAACAACAUAAGUCGAUCAAAUGAAGAUGGGGGAGUAAUCGAAACAUUAUUCCAAAGCAAUCUUAUGGAAGAUGUGUUGAUUGAUGUUCUUGACGACCCGAGUGAUCAAACUGGACAACAGUUUGUGAACAAUUCGUCUGGUUUGGCGUCUCAGCUUCAUCAGAUGCAUGAGUUAGGACUCUUCAAUGACUUACUCAAUUUCAGAGCUCUUCAGAUUGCUGGCGGGAAUGUUCAACAGGCAGUGGAAUUGAUUUUGAAUGGAGUAAUAGAAUAAUAAUACAUUUUUAUCAAUGGACUCAUUUAAUUGAGAUAAUUUUUGACAAUAUAAUAUUAAAAUAUA